GAUAACCAGACGACAUCGUUCUAUUAUCAUAAGGUUUCCGUUUUGGCUAUCGCUCAGCGCUUUAGGUUUCAUCGCCUCCUUCCUUCUCCUUUGUCAUCUUCGUGUUAGACUUGGUGCAAUGGCAGAAACAGAAGACCUACCGGAAGAGAUUAUAGUGAAUAUCUUUACUUGGUUACCCCUCAAGUCCUUGAUCCGAUUCACCUCCGUUUCGAAACGUCUGCGUUCCAUUAUAUUGUCCGAUCCCAAAUUCGCCCAAUCCCAACUUAAAGCAGCUCGUCAGCAGAAAACCCUCAGCCGCAGACUCCUCGUCUCCACCAGCGCCCCUCGACUCGAGCUCGACUCCCUAGACUUGGAUACGCCGUCGUUUGGAGAGCCUUCCUCCGUAAGAAAGCUCAGCUUCCCUUUCCCGCCACGACCGGGCGAUUAUGUCACGCUACUGGGCUCCUGCAAUGGUCUGGUAUUUGUAGCUGUUGGUGAGAAAUUGUUUUAUAUCUGGAACCCGUUCAUUGGAUUCUUGAAGCAAUUACCCGAUCCAGGUUUUCCCUUGGAUGAAAAUGCGCUAGCCUAUUAUGGUGCUGGCUAUUUAUCCGCCACCGAUGACUACAAAGUUUUGGUAGCCUCCUAUCGCAUUGGUGAAUGGGAGAUAGAGGUCGAGAUGUUCUCAUCGACAACUCACAUAUGGCAGAGGAUUGAAUCCCCUCGCCUGCGCAUCACUCUUGAACUCGAUCUUCAAGGUACUCUUUCGAAUGAUGCACUUCAUUGGCUAAAAUACGACGACGACGACGAGGAGCAUGAAAUAGUUUCUUUUGACUUGGAAGACGAGGUGUUCCGGAGAAUGCCACUGCCUAAUUUCGAACAUGAUGGUAAGACUUUCUGCAAGCUUGGGGUUUGUGGAGGGUGCCUGUGUGUAUCGCGUUAUCCGGAUGGUGCUGUUGACUCUAUUGAUUUCUGGGUCAUGAGAGAAUAUGGCGUCAGUGGCUCAUGGAUUAUGCUCUUUAGCUUAAAGCCGCCUGAGUUGCCCUUGUAUUCCAGACAAUUCUUGGUUGUGGAAAGUUGUACAGUUGCCGCGGAUUGGACUGGCGAGGGGUUCGAGUUGAUAAGGAUUGAUCAUAAAGAAGACGAGAAGCUUGGGCGGUAUAUGGUUAAGAGGGUUUGCAUGUGUAUGGUUGAAUAUGAAGAGAGUCUACUUUGGAUUAGUGGUUAUCAUUCAGGAAAAAGAGAUAGAGCAGGUCAAGAUACUCGAAACCCAUCAGAAGGCCUCAGGAAGCUGAAAUGGAAGUAAUGUUUGCUCUUUGUAUUCAAAUGAUGGAUGUAUAUUGAAUCGGUAUCAAACAGAGCAUAUCAAAUCUGAUUUGCUACUGUUAGCUACUCGAGUUCGAGAUGUUCUGAGGCAAGAGAAAAUUAUGUCUAUGGUGACAGGAAGGGCCAAUUUUGUGAAGUUAUAUUUCAACUUUUUUACUUGCUCUGUUAUGCAUCCAAGUGCUGAUUAUUAACUCCUCAUUGUCACUCUGCUCUUAUGCCUUUAAGGGUUAUAUAUUUGUUUAGAUUCUCCUUCAGGCUUGACUUAUACUUAUUGUUUUGGAACAUGCAUGACCAGUUUGUUCUUGGAAGGUUUUCUAAAUUUAGGGUUUUGAUGGCGUAAUUUGAUGCCUUGGUUGAUGAGAUAACUUGCUAGUCCGUAGAUAGUUGAUGUAUAUAAGAUGCUAUAGGCCAUUUACAAAAGAUAAAAUAUAAUUUUAACCUCUCCAAAUUUAGUUGGUAGUAGAAGUAUAUGUCUUAACAAGCGAAAAAUAGUUUUUGUUUUGUGAUCCUCAAGGGAGUUUCAAUUUUUGCUUUCUUCUUUUUUUCUUGUUGAUUUUGGUUCUCCUUGUGGUCUUUAUGCAGCAUUACCUUUCUUGAUAUGUAAAGGAAUAUGUGUUACCAAAUUAUAGUCAACUUGCAACGUGGUCAAUACAAUUAAGUUCUGUAAAUAUUUGUUAGUUUUAUUAUAUCUCAGUUGUGCUGCUCCCAAAGCAGAAUAAAGGUGUGAUUAUCUUCCGUGAUGAUCAUUGACGCAUUUCUUUUCAUGGAUUUUUUAACAGAUGAUUGAAUGUGUUGUUUCAUUGAUUU